CAAACAUGGCGGAUUUGUAAUCAAGGGGAAGAGUAGAUUGAAAUGUUUGUGUUUUCAGAUGAGAAAUUUUCGUGUCGUUAGUUUUCCGUACAAAGAUUUUCUUGAAGAAUAGCAGAAGCGAGCAGUGUUGAUGGCUGAGCGCGAGGAAGACGCUUUUGAGAGGAAAGAAAGCAAAAAAGAUAAGGGAUAUGUUGCUUUUCGCUCGGACGACGACAGUGUUGGCGAAGAAGAAGAGGAAGAUUUAAGGCCUAAAGGAAAGAAAGUGAAAAGAGAGAAAUCACGCUCGCUAGCACUUCGUAUCAAGCCAAAAAAGCAGAAAAAGGAGAAAGAAAGUAAGGAGAAAGACAAGAAAAAAAAGAAGAAAACAGAAACACUCUCGCCUCCUCAAGCACCAAGGAAAGUGGUGUUUGGAGUUCCUCUAGAAGUUGCAACAAAAAAUACCAGGCUUCCAGAUGGAGUGGAGUUACCCAGAAUAUUUCGGGAAGGAAUUGUACACAUUGAAGAAAAUGGGCUUGAAGUUGAAGGAAUUUAUCGAGUGUCUGGAAUGAAAUCCAAAGUGGAGGCCUUAAAAGAAAGUUAUGAACAAGGAAGGUCAGUUGAUCUUCAUGAAUUUGAACCUGAGGCAGUAGCAAGUCUGGUGAAGCUGUAUCUCAGAGAAUUACCAGAAAAUAUCCUUACUACGACACUACUUCCAAAGUUUAAUGAACUGUCUGGGAUUCAGGACAGGAAAGACCAGCUGGAUAAAACCAGGCUACUGCUAGCAGAACUGCCAUCUUGUAACAGAACUCUACUGGCAUGGCUGUUCACUCACAUGUCGCAUGUCAUGGAAAAGGUUUGUACUUUCCAUAGUGCAAUUGCCUCAGCAUUAGCCAAGCAGGAGGCAGUUCUUUCUCAACUCCAUGAACAGCUCAACAUGAACACAGACAACUUGCAAUAUGAUGGGCGGGAUGAAAUGCUGUGGGAGGUUCAACGAAAGGUCACACUGCUCAAGAGAAAGCUCCGAACUGCCAAAAAGAGAGCUUCCCAGUCAACAGCAUCAGAGGAAAUACCAAAGACACAAGGAGCUCUUAGAAAAGAACAUUCUGUUGAAAAAGAUGAAGAUGAUGGGUUAAUUACACUUUUAGAAGCUUCUGAAGCAGAACUUUUAAUUGAACAGGAGGAAUUGACCUUCAUUGGAAAUGAACUACGGAAACGAAUGGAACAAGAGAAGAAAGAAAUUGAAAGGCUUAAUGAAGAAAUUGCUGCCCUUGUGGCCUUAAAGGAGAAAGAUCCUGGUUCGGGUCGAAGUUCAGAAUCAGAUUCUUCUGACAGUGAAGUUGGUGAUGAGGCUGAACUUGAGAAAAUAUUACAAGAGCUCAUUGACCAGAAUGAAGAACUGGAGCGCAAGAACACAGAACUGUGCCAUAACAUUCACAAUGAGAGAGAAGUUUGCAUAGAACUACAGGUGCAAAUCAGGGUUUUGGAAGCCAAACAAGGACAGAAAACAGAUCCAAAGCUUGAUGAACAUACAUCAGAAAAUAUCAGCUCAAACGUCACUGGAAGCUCCACAGUAACUUCAGUAUAACGUGGAGAGCAUGCAUUCAUCUCAAUCAAUCUCAUGAAAUCAUAUUUACAUAAAAAGAGUCACAAAUGUAUUCUGUGCAAGUUGUACUCACUGCAGUCCUGUCUAGUGCUAAUCACACCACAGAAUGACUCUUAACAGUGACCUUGCCUUUAGCUAAACAAAAAACACAAUAGCCUGAGCUAUCUUUUUUCUAUAAUCAUUUUUAAUAAAAUCUUUUCUUACACUAACUUUACCCACUGGUAGUUUGCCAUUCUCAUAACUUUUUCAGUAAGGUAAUAUAUUUAGUUUUAAUUAAGGAUUAUACAGUACAGUUCUACUGAAAAGACUUAGUAUGUGACUUGAACUACAAAAAUAUAUUUUAUAAAAACUGCUGGAUUUCCUCAGACAAUCAGUUGUACAAUCCAUUACAAACUUUCUAUUUAGUUCACACAUUUACAUAAUUCUGUUCUCAAUGUGCCAAGAAAGUUAUUCUCCAUUAAUCAAGGGCUUGUGGAUUUUGUCGUCAGGCAAGUGGAUUUUGUCCCUUGCUUGCCUGAUAGGAAAAUGACAGUUUUUGCAAAACAUUUUGCAAGAAAAUUCAAAUUUCAGAAGUACUGUUCAGAGGAAUUAUUCAUGUUUAUUUAAUUUAAUGUUAACUGGAUUGCCCAGACUGGUAAGAUAAGGCUUAAAGAAAAGGAGCAAAGUUUUUGGGCUGUACAUGUACAUCAUAUAGUUACAGCUUGCCUGAAGGCCAAGCUCAAAAACUGAACUUUUCUUUACACCUUGGUUCUAUUUAUUGUAUUCAAUGAUGCAUUAAUUACUGCUGCAGUCCUUACCUUAAUUUCAUUAAUUGAGAAGAAAACUGCCACAUUGACUAACAAACCACUUGUCAGGAAAUCCAGUUUGGUUUCACACAAACUAUAUUUUAGAUUUGUCAAACUCAGUGAAAGAGUUGUAUUUGCAUCUGGGUACAGUUAACAUUGAAAAUGUGUACUUGAUGACACACUAAAGAAACUUUCCUAAAAUAUAGAAGUUAUAAACUCAACAAUGAAUUCCACUC